CCGCGCUUUGUCGUCAUCGAAAGGUAGCAGAUCUGUGUGUCGUGUUUAGCUGCAGGCGCGCAUGGCUGACAUGGUGAGGAAGCUAGCUCUGCUAAUUAUCCUGAUUGGGGUGGUGGUGCUGCUCAUAGCUCUGCACGCGUGCCACCUGGCCGAUGCUCGCAUCCGGCGUGGAAGGAGGAAGGGGUUGAAGACGCUUCGACAGGGCGCAUCGGGGAGCAAAGGGAUGGGAGACGAAUACACUCGGGGUUGUGAGGGUUUUGGGAUGGGGAGGGGGGCGUACGGAGGAGGGAGUGGAAUGCAACACAAUCUCCACCAUAGGUUUGAUCCAAAUUUGUAUUCGCAUCUCCCUCCUCACCAGCAGCCUUUGCCUGAUGACACGACGUGGACGCCCCCUCCAUCAACAUUGGGUCUGGCAUGGGGGUCGACACUGACGUCUUACGACACACCACUGCGAGUUGAAAGCAACGGAGGGGGUGUGGGUCCGAUGUCCGCUUUGCUGGGCGAAACGCGGGGCAGAGGCCGUCAUCCAUUCGAUUCGCAACUGUCACCGACGGCCACCAUGGACGUGUCUGGAACGGCCCUCGUCCAACGGAGUGGACAGGGUGGCGGUGCGAGCACGCAGACAAUGCAUGCUAGUGUCCUUGACGACGGGGUGUCAAUGCAUCGGCCGAACCACAUGUCAAGGCCUGCGCCUAGCAAGGCCGCACCAGCGGGUAGCGUGCCGUAUCACCAACCUGCGGCAGGCGCUGCCAUGCAGGAUCAGAGGGCUGAUGUGGGCGGUGUUGCGGAAUCACCUCGAUGCGUGGAGCGUAUCGUCUGCCGAUUCAACAGCUUGCGGGCGACCAGCGAAGGUGACGAAGCAGGCGCGGCCAUGCAGGAACGGAGGCCUGAUCUGGGCGGGGUUGCGGAAUCACCUCGAUGCGUGGAGCGUAUUGUCUGCCGCUACAAUAGCUCGAGGCCGACCACCGACGGUGAUGUGGGCGGCCGUGACGGUGGUGCCAGCGAGGCGGACCGCGUCGACGUAGAAGACGAUGACGGUGACGAGGAAGACAAAGACGAAGCUCCGCUCAAGGAAGCAGUCUUCGGCGGGACGAAAAAGCAACCUUCCAAAGUCCGUGGGAAAGCGAAGGGUAAGGAUAAGGAAGGUGAUACGAAUGGCGAGGGUGGCGGGAGCGGAGCGCGGGGGAACUGGAGUUUGAACGAAUCCCUCGUUCUUGUCCGGUGCAAGAGAGACCAAGACGACUACUUCGCUAAUGCGGGAACCAAUUUCGCCAGAAUGAAAACGAAGGACCAGAAGUGGAUGGAGAUCGCUAAGCGGAUGGAGAAGGAAGGAGUUCGGCGAGAUGGGGAGCAAUGCAUGAAGAGAUGGGAGAACAUAUUCGGGUGGUACAGGAAAGUGUGGGACAGGGAGAAGGCUUCGGGACUGCAAUCGUACUUCCUCAUGACAACGAAAGCAUGGAAGGAGAAAGGGUACAAGUUCAAUCUAGACCGCACUCUAUACGACGCGAUCCACAUCAUGCAGGGGAACAACCAGGCCGUCCACCCGCCGAAUCUCAUGGACACCGGCAACACACAAGGGCAACAGUCACAACAAGGUGAGCAAAGUCAAGCGGCCACGGGUGGUGGGGAAGCAGACACUUCGGCGAGCGAGAACAGGGGAGCGGAUACGGAGGACGGGUGUGGCAGCAGGUCGUCUUCAAAUGGCAUUCAAGGCAAGUGGAAGAACGCCAGGCAAUUGGCUUUCGAGGCGGUGACGGAUGUGAUGAAAACGCACUCGACCGUUGUCGCAGAGUCCGUAGACCGUGCGAGCAAGCGGCAGUGCGACGUGCUCCAACGAUAUGGCAAUAGUGAAAUCGUACGUGGCGGUCAUCGAGGGGUUGUCGUUACGGAAGUCGAGAUCGAACAUUGCAGCUGUGUGCGGGUGCGGCGCUGCGCAUCAAUGGACAUCCAGGUGGCGCUGAGAGGUCGUGUCCUCAGUCGUACCAUAACUUUUUACGAGAUGAGGCAUCGUCGAGGAGAGAAGGACGGCAGGUUGUUUGAUUUUGUGGGCGAGGUAAGUGGACAGGAAGUGCGGCAUUACGAGGUGGACACGAACGGUGACACGAUUCUCAACGUCAUCGUUGCGUUGGGAUAUGUGGAUGAAAUGCUGCGCGAGGUGGUUGGCUACGCAACGAAAGUCCGCCGCGCGAUCCCCGACCGGUGGGAAGGAGGAGUAGACGUUCUCGCUGACAUCGUCGACCUCCUGAUGUCCAACAUCGCGAACGAGCACGACGACCACAUGACUGUUCCUGCGGAUUUCCGGGUCUGGCCGGAUCCUCCCUUGCACGACCGCCCGGGUCUCCGUGGCGAGAUCCGCAACAUCGAUGAGUAGGUGUGGAUGGAAGCCAUGGCGGCAAACCGUUCGCCGCUCGCACUU